UGCCACUACGUUGCGCCACUGUCAGUCCGUUUUGUUGUCAUCAGCCACAUUUACAAUAAGUUGUUUUUACCAGAUUUUUAGUGGAACCUUUUGUUCUUUUUUAUCAUCAACCAUAGUGCCGUUCAACGAAAGAAAAUGCUGGACCGAAUGGGAAAUGAUUACUCAAAUUUGUACAACCAGACUAUCUUGUGAAAGUCAUAUCGACUUACGUUCCAUAUUAAGUUAAUAAUUUUCAGGUGGUGACACCUAUCGAUUUAAAUGGUGCUUACUGGUGCCAUGGAGAGAAGGAUAAAAUUGAAGACCUUAAAUAGCCAUAUAACAUGUAAAAUAUGUCGGGGAUACCUAAUAGAUGCAACCACAGUGACAGAGUGCCUACAUACAUUUUGCAAAAGCUGUUUGGUGAAACACCUAGAAGAGAAACAUACGUGUCCAACAUGCCAAAUAGUUAUACACCAGUCUCAUCCCCUACAGUAUAUCAGUUUCGACAGAACUAUGCAGGAUAUUGUCUACAAACUGGUUCCUGAUCUUCAAGAAAAUGAAAUCAAAAGAGAAAGAGAAUUUUAUAGAGCACAUGGUUUGCCUUGUCCUAAAGAUGUUUUACCAAAUGCUGGGGAGGUAGAAGAAGAAAAGGCAGCGGCAGAUGCACAUGCAGAAUCAGAUUAUCAUAGGGCAGAUGAGCAGGUCAACGUGUGUCUGGAAUGUAUAAACGCAAGUUUGAAAACGCUGAAACGCAGAUUCAUUAGAUGUUCUGCUCAAGCCACUAUUACUCAUCUGAAAAAAUUUAUAGCCAAAAAGGUCCUGAAUGGUAUGGAGAAAUAUCGAGACAUCGAUAUUUUGUGCAACGAUGAAUUGUUAGGUAAGGACCACACAUUAAAAUUUGUGUAUGUGACAAGAUGGAGGUUCCGGGACCCACCUUUAAGGUUACAAUACAGACCACGUAUAGACAUUUAAGGCUAAUCCUUCCACAUAUAGGAUUAACAAUAGGGUCGAGAAAAAAAAUGCGCUAUUUUAUUCCUCUCUGGUUCUAUUCACCUGUGACCUUCUUGUACUUAUGGUACUUAAUUCUGUGGUACUCCUAUAUAUCGCGCUCCCGCUAAUCCUAGCUAGCAAUGCUAAUCUCGCGAAAUAAGUGUAAUUGAAGACGAAAAAUGACGAAUGACUUUUAGCGAGAUGAUUACACGAAAAAGUGUCAUUGGAGUAUUUUAAUGCACGAGAAAGGACAACCUGGGCUAUAAUAAGAACUUCAGUGAUCCGAAUGUUGAAACUCUUCCUAAUUAUAUCAAAACAACAAACGUAUUGUAUCGCGGUAGUACGUUUUUUUUAGCCAUUUUCCGUAAUUUCUCCUAAGAAUUUGUUGCUCAGCGGUAAAACUCACUUUAUCCAAGAUAGUUAUAAAAAUCCAUUAUGAUAGCUUGGCAGCGAUUAGGUCAAUUCAAUUUUACUUACUUACGGUUGUAAGUUUUUAAUUGCAGAGGCGAAGAUAAAUGACGAUUCUGUUAAAUAAGAAAAAAUAAGAAAAACCUGUAAAUGUGGCUGGUGCAGGGAAGUAUUAAGAGACCGUCGGUAGUUUCCAGAUACCGAAGAAAAGUAUAAUAAUGCAUUUGUCCUUAGGAACCACGCGAAUGGCUUUACUUUUUAAUUUUAAAAAUUUUAGUACAUAACAAAUAUAGAACUCGAUUAAUCUGUUUUGAAAACAAAAGUAAGAUAAUAAAAAAAAGACAGUAAUAAACGAAGAAAAGCAAAAAAGAGAAAAUGAAAAACAAUGUACCGUAUCUCGUCUCACUAGGGGAUGGGAGUCGCAAUAAACGCGAGUUUUCUUAUAAUCUAUCCGAGUGUAUAUAGAAUAUUUUUGACAGAAAACUUCAAAAUAUAAUACCGCUUUGAAUUAGAUUAACGAUUUGAACUAACAGAACUAGGCCUGGACGUUGUGACUUUUUACCUUUAUAUGUUUAUGCGCCGUACGUAUUGUGUUCUUACUGUGAAAUUUCACUCGUCUACGUCACUCCGGAUGCAGAUUUGAAUUUAGUAGGAGAAGUAUUUUCUAAAUAAAAAAGAACAGAAAUAAUUAAAUGACGAGAAAUGGUUUUCGUGAAAUACUCGUUUUCCAAGUGAUUGUAUUUUAAUACUGACACUCCGAGUGAAAUUGCCAGUAAAAGUUUGUCGCUUGUAGUAAGUGAACCUGUUUUAUCCAAUGUUAAAGGAAGCGUGUGAUUGUACAUAAUAUUUGAGAAUUCGCGAGAAUAAAAUAAUAAAAAAUAUUAAAUUGGGAAAAGGGGAAAUACCAAUUCGCAAAGUAGCAGCAUACGAGGAUACUAUGGCUUGUACGUUGUACACUGUGUAUGUAUCGCUAUAAAUUAUUGAAUAAAUAUGUUUUGUACAGUAAAAA